AUGGUCCUGUUUAUUUUGAUCCACACGAGACUUCAGCGUAAUUUGCGUCCUAGCCUCUUUCCUCCACCUAAUUCUGACCAGCUUCAUCUGGACCGGUGUCGCCGUGUUCUACCGCACGAUCAAAACACUGGCGGUUUCUUCAUAGCCGUGUUGGAAAAGAUUCGACAUCUACCUUGGAUGAAUGCCAGUAAGGGGGAAAAGAGUGUGGAUGACCAGUGCUGCAUCAAAUCGGUGGAUGUAAGCGGUAGAACAGAAGAUAAAAAAUCUAUAGAAGAGCCUGAGGAGAAAGAUCGGGCUGUGGACCAAGAGGCCGACUGUGAGUUGAGCCUUUGCUUUUUAAUUCGUCCUUUGUCUGACUUGUAUUUAGGACUAGUAACGCGGUCUUAA